AUGUCUAGAAGUGGAAGUAAUAAAAAAUUAAAAAGUUAUGCCGGUUCUUCUAUUGCUUUAAACUCUAAUGAUCAUGAGGAGGAAACAGAUUCACCACCACUUUCUAAAGGUAGUCAAAGACGUCAAAGUCAAGCAUCUUUACUAGAAAUGAAUAAGAAAAAAGACAAGGAAUUUGUUGAUAAAAUGCUUGCUAAGUGUUUUAUAGUGAACAAUAUUGAUUUUAAUGUUGUUCAAACCAGUGCUUUUGGAGAAUUUGUUAAGGCAAUGGCUGAAUAUGGUGCAGCAUACAAGCUUCCAUCUUACUCAACUCUUCGAGCUAAGCUAAUUCUAGAAUCUAGAAAAUGUGUUGAUGAGUAUGUUUCUAUGGUGAAGCUUUCUUGGGAUACAUCUGCAUCUGGUUACACUAUAAUGCCUGAUAUAUGGACUGAUAUUGGGCACCGAUUUUUCAUUAAUCUUGUGGCAUAUUCACCUGGCGAACAUGUUGUGCAAUUCAUAACUGAUAAUGGUAGCAAUUUCACAUCUGCUGGUGACAUACUCAUUGGAUUGUAUCCUCAAAUGUAUAAGACGAGGUGUGCUACUCAUGGAAUUCAGCUUCUUUUGAAAGACAUAAAUGAAGAAGUUAAUUGGGUAAAAGUUGCCACAGAUGAAGCAAGAAUAAUAAUUAUCGUAACGCCCACAUUGAGAAGAAGAGAGGUUAUAAAAACUAUUGAGCCAUUGGUUCGAGUUCUUCGUUUGGUUGAUUGUGAGGGAUCUACUGCUGGUUACUUAUAUGAAGUAUUGAUGAGAGCAAAAGUUGCAAUCAAGGAAAGAUGUAAUAGUAAGGCAAGCAAAAAGGAUAGGGAGAUGAAAGAUGGCAUCAAUUUCAUUCAUGAAAACUUGCUUCUAAUAGAAGAAAAGCAUCCAUGUAUGAGAGAGGUUCAGUUGUAUCGUAGUAGGCCAGCUACUUUAUUUACUGCAAUAGCAAAAAUGAUGUCACAGACAAGUCAUCCUGGAAUAUGGUGGGAUUACAAUGGGGAUGAUCUUCCUGUGCUCAAGAAGUAUGCCAUUCGAAUUUUGAGUCAACCUUGUAGCGCUUCAUCAUGUGAGAGAAAUUGGAGUGCUUUUGAAGCUGCUCAAAUAAGAAAAAGGAAUAGGUUGUCACAUGAAAUGCUAGACACGCUUGUGUAUGUGAGGAUGAACAUGAUGAUGAUGGAUAAGUUCACUUCCACGAUGAGUCGCGACUUAGAACCUAUAGAUCUUGAGAAAUUGGGGGAGCUUCCAGACUAUGAAUAUGAAGAAAUUCAUAUGGACGAAGAUGCUAAUUCUACACCGACGGUUGAGGGUUACAUGGAUGACUUGAUAGAUAAUGAUGAUAUUUCUUGGUUGAAAAAUGCUCUUUUUUGA